AUGGCUUCGCAAGCAGACUUCAAGGACCGGCAGUUCCUCGCCGUCAUCGGCGACGAGGACUCGGUCACCGGCCUCCUCCUCGCUGGCAUCGGGCACGUUAGCUCGGACGCAGAGCAGGAGAAGAACUUCUUGGUGGUGGAUAGCAAGACCGACACCGCUGCGAUCGAGUCCGCAUUCGAAUCGUUCACGACGAGGAAGGAUAUCGGCAUCGUCCUCAUCAACCAGCAUGUUGCCGACCGCAUAAGACAUCGAGUUGAUACCUACACGGCCGCGUUCCCGACCGUUCUCGAAAUCCCGUCCAAGGACCACCCGUACGACCCAGAGAAGGACAGCGUCCUGCGCAGAGUCCGCAGGCUGUUUGGCGAAUAA